UGAUGACGUCUCUCCCGCCAUCUUUCCAGCCGGCUUCAGGAACACGUUGCUGGAAAAACCAAGUUUCUCUCGGAGUUAUUCGCCUUUAAAGGUCGUUUCCCGGCUGGUUCCUCUGAGGCUAAGGACCCGGAGCCGAGCAGGGGCCCUCAGGUCACACAGCGUCCGUCUUUCCCGCCUUCCAUCAUGGCGGAUAAAAACACCAGAAUCGCCAUCGUCAACCACGACAAAUGCAAACCCAAGAAAUGUCGUCAGGAGUGCAAGAAGAGCUGUCCUGUGGUCCGCAUGGGUAAGCUGUGUAUCGAGGUGACUCCACAGAGUAAGAUCGUCUGGAUCUCAGAGUCUCUGUGUAUAGGCUGCGGUAUCUGCAUCAAGAAAUGUCCGUUUGGCGCGUUGUCGAUCGUCAACCUGCCGAGCAACCUGGAGAAGGAGACCACACACAGAUACUGCGCCAACUCCUUCAAACUGCACCGGCUGCCUAUCCCUCGACCCGGCGAGGUUCUGGGGCUCGUGGGGACCAACGGUAUCGGGAAGUCCACGGCUCUGAAGAUCCUGGCUGGGAAACAGAAACCCAACCUGGGGAAGUACGACAAUCCUCCAGACUGGCAGGAGAUCCUGACCUACUUCAGAGGAUCUGAGCUGCAGAACUACUUCACCAAAAUCCUGGAGGACGACCUGCGGGCCAUCGUCAAGCCGCAGUACGUGGACCAGAUCCCAAAGACCGUGAAGGGGUCAGUCGGGGCCAUCCUGAGCAGGAAAGACGACACAGACUCUCAGACCCUGGUCUGCAAACAGCUCGAUCUGAGUCACCUGCGGGAGAGGAACGUGGAGGACCUGUCCGGAGGAGAGCUGCAGAGGUUCGCCUGCGCCGUCGUCUGCAUCCAGAGAGCCGACAUUUUCAUGUUCGAUGAGCCGUCCAGUUACCUGGACGUGAAACAGAGACUGAAGGCCGCCAUCACCAUCCGCUCACUCAUCACUCCCGACAGGUACAUUAUUGUGGUGGAGCACGACCUGAGUGUGUUGGAUUACCUGUCUGACUUCAUCUGCUGUCUGUACGGAGUCCCCAGCGCCUACGGGGUCGUCACCAUGCCCUUCAGCGUCAGAGAGGGGAUCAACAUCUUCCUGGACGGAUACGUUCCCACGGAGAAUCUCAGGUUUAGGGAGACCUCUUUGGUCUUUAAGGUCGCAGAGACGGCCAAUGAGGAGGAAGUGAAGAGGCUCAGGCACUACCAGUAUCCAAACAUGUCGAAGACGAUGGGCGAGUUCACUCUGGUGAUCAAAGAAGGAGAGUUCACGGACUCUGAGAUCAUGGUGAUGCUGGGAGAGAACGGGACGGGGAAGACGACCUUCAUCAGGAUGUUAGCUGGAGGACUCAAAUCAGACAGUGGAGGUGAGGUCCCGAUCCUGAAUGUGAGCUACAAACCUCAGACCAUCAGCCCCAAGUUCAAGGGCAGUGUGAGAGCUCUGCUGCACGAGAAGAUCAGGGACGCCUACACACACCCUCAGUUUAUCACCGACGUCAUGAAGCCCAUGCAGAUCGAGAGCAUCAUCGACCAGGACGUCCAGAACCUGUCUGGUGGAGAGCUGCAGAGAGUCGCUCUGACUCUGUGUUUGGGGAAACCUGCUGACGUGUAUCUGAUCGACGAGCCGUCAGCGUACCUCGACUCAGAGCAGAGAUUGAUGGCCGCCAGGGUCAUCAAGAGGUACAUCCUCCACGCUAAGAAAACAGCGUUUGUGGUGGAGCACGACUUCAUCAUGGCGACGUAUCUCGCCGACAGAGUCAUCGUGUUUGACGGGAUCCCCUCCACGAGCACCGCGGCCAACACUCCUCAGAGUCUGCUCGCCGGGAUGAACCGCUUCCUGUCCCUGCUGGAGAUCACAUUCAGACGAGACCCGAACAACUUCAGACCGAGGAUCAACAAACACAACUCCAUCAAGGACACGGAACAGAAGAAGAGCGGUAACUACUUCUUCCUGGACGACUAAGACGACUUCCUGUGAGACCCCCCGUGGCUUCCUGUGAUGCGUUCACGAUCGGUCGCCACAGUCCGAGCUCCGCGGCCUCAACAUUUACCACAAGAACAACGAGGCCGCGUUCAGCAGACACGUUACCAUCAUAAAGAGAGAUAAAUAAAUAAACAUCCAUCAGCCUUUGUGUACCGGGCUGCGUUCAAUAGCCAGCAGCAAUGUUGUGAAACGUUCUCAAAUAAAGUGCAUUGCAUUCUAUGUCGGUCGGCCUGAACAUACGAGGCUGCGUUCACACGCCAGCAACAUUGUGGAACAUGAAACAGCGUAUUUUAACACUCAUGCAUUUACAACAAGUGAAAUAAAAUUAUGAACCAGAAACAAA